UGGAACCACGUGACCCCACAACGGGCCAAUCGCGUCUUUUCACUGUCGUGGAAACUUUCUCUCGAGCCUUCAGCUAAAAGGCUAUUUUACUGCUUGGGCGGGCUACGACAAACGACCUCAUGUCAUGUCGACGGGGCAAAACAAUUCGUGUGAAUGAAUGAAGUUCCAAAGGAAAGGCCUUCCAGACUAUGCUGAUUGUGAAGCCUGCACAGAGACACACACACACACACACACACACACAGAGAGAGAGAGAGAGAGAGAGAGAGAGAGAGAGAGAGAGAGAGAGAGAGAGAGAGAGAGAGNAGAGAGAGAGAGAGAGAGAGAGAGAGAGAGAGAGAGAGAGAGAGAGAGAGAGAGAGAGAGAGAGAGAGAGAGAGGGUGAGAAGGAAAAGGAGUAUGCAAGUUUACUGCAAACGUGAAUCAUGACACGUGGACAACCAUCUGUCACGGAAGAGCUCGAUCAUGACACGUGGAUGCUCGAGUGUGACCGCAGAGUUUCUGCAAGCCGAUCAUUCAGCUUUGCGCUUCGAUUAUGAUACGUGGCGCUACUGUGAGAAGCACGUGUCAUUGCAACAAGGCUCAUGUUUCCGAAUGAAAUCCUUGCUCACGAGUGUACAAACCCUAAUUUUAAUUUUACGAUUACGACGGGCAGCACGUUGGUGCAUUGCAGCAGGGGUUGAUGAUCAUGAGGUGUCGUGCGGGGGUUUGCCUGUGUAUUUGGGCGAGCCUCUGUCUGUGUCUAAGUAUUCUGUGGAUGUCUGUGCGCGACCGCGGUAAUGGGGGGGUCCACAUCAGUUUGCCUGUGUAUUUGGGCGAGCCUCUGUCUGUGUCUAAGUAUUCUGUGGAUGUCUGUGCGCGACCGCGGUAAUGGGGGGGUCCACAUCAGCACUCCUUCUGGCCAAUCAAAGGCGGAGGGUAAGGGCGUGCAUGAGAACGGAGCGUGCUCGAUGGGGGGCAAAUGCGAUGGGGAUCUAAUUAGCGAAGAUAGAUCGACGGCCAGCGAGAUGGCAACUCGACAAAAAGGCGGGAAGCGGAAUGAGCACAGCCUGCCGCGCGGUGACAGCCAGCCUUUACGAGUACGGGCUGAACUGGAGACGGUUGACGUCAUCAGCCUCUCAACAAGGCCAGCGCCAGACUUGCCACGCGUCCCGUUGACGGAGGAGGAUUCGUCGCAGCAAAGAAGCCAUGGAAAUGGUACUGGUAAUCCCCCGUCGGAUCGCAGCCAUUCGCAGGAGGCAAGGCAGACGUCGAACGACGGCCAUGCUGCUCCAGACACUACUGACCCACCUAUUGUUUUGAACGAUCGUCGGUCGAAGAGGCUCAAGUUCCUUUAUCCCGGCGUUCCGCCAGCUCCAUCAAAUUCCACGAAGGCUUCAAUCUCAUCCCUUGACGGCUCCAACUCUACAGCCUCUGCCAACUACGGCUCUGUAUCCGAAUCAGGUAUUGUGCUUGUGCCCUUAUCCGUCAAUGUUCGACUGAAUGCAACAGCACCUGCACCAGGACUUGGUUUCGAGGCACAGGACAUGAAUGGAUUGAGAGCUAUGAAAGGAAUCCAUAAGAUGGUGGAGUACGCGAGUGUGUGGCACAAAUACGACCCACCACAGGUGGACCCUCUAGCAGAGCAAAGUCUUUAUCAUUGGGGUACUUCAGAGUGGAGCUUGUGUAGUAAUGACUGCGGAGGCGGCACCCAGGAGCGUGAAGUAUUCUGCCAAGCCAAGGAUGACGAAUCGAGGGUCUCAGAUUUGUACUGUUUAUAUGAUGAUCUUAUCAAACCACCGGCGUCGAGGAUUUGCAACAUUGGUGCAUGCAUGUCUUACCAGCUGCAACCAGGUGCCUGGGAAGAGUGCAGUGCCACGUGUGGUGGUGGGACCCAGAUUAGGAAGCUGUAUUGUGUGGACACACUGGGGCGGCUUGUGGAAAGUAGCUUGUGCCCAGAGACAGUUCAAGAAAAUAGGACGUGCAAUGAGGUGCAAUGUGGAGAUUCCUAUUGGUGGGGAGGGGAUUGGGAUAGAUGUUCCGCAACCUGUGGAGGUGGAACAAAGAAGAGGGAAGUUGGGUGCUUUAAAUCAAAUGGAGAACCAAUUGACAAGGUCUACUGUACAGGCGCCCCAAACAAGCCUGCUGACGAGCAAGCGUGCAAUAUAAGUCCUUGUGAAUAUUUCUAUUGGAAGGUUACACAUUGGAGCACGUGCACAGGAUCUUGCACGAAUGGGACGAGGAGUCGAAUGGCAGAGUGUGUAGAUGAACAAGGGGAACGUUCAGAUGAGGAGAGCUGCUCUGGUAUUGAAAGACCUGCAACAACUAUGUCUUGCAUUCCGGGCGGAUGCACCUUCUGUGAGACCGAACCUUGUUCACCAGUGUCAACAGGCUGUAAGGUGCUCGGCAACAUACCGGUCAAGGAGUAUUCGUCCUUGCUUGAUGAAGUUCUCAACCUUCUUGCCGGUCUCUAUUACUUGAACAGUGGUUUCUGCGGCUUUCAGUUCACUUUCUGCAGCAUGCACAUCGAACUGGUCAUGAAUCCGCUGUUCAUUCUCAGAACCGACACCGUGUACCUCACCGAGAAACUGGUGGAGAAACCCGAUCAAAGUUUGCUUUCUUGUUUCAAUUUGAUUACGGGUCUUUAGUUCUCCCCCUUCCGCAUCGACAUAGACUAUGAGAGGGAUAGGGAAGAAGAGAAGAGGAAUGAACUGCGUCAAGAUAG